CGCCAGUCAAGGGACAGGAUCUCCUCCUAAAACUCCCCGCUGAAAUCCGCCUGAUGAUCUACGAGGAGCUCCUUAUCGUCUGGCCGAAGACUGUCUUCCGCGGCGCGCGGCAGUUCGGUCCACUAUCACCGAAGGAGUACAACGAGGAUGUGAUACUACAUUGGCAGAUCCUUCUGACUUGUCGGAAGUACUUCGAGGAGGGAGCCCCAGUCAUGUACGGCGGCAACAAGCUGGUCUUCUGCACUGGCAAAGGAGGUGACCCUGGCCAGUUCUGGCGCUUCCCAAUCAACAUCCGCUACAUGCGCUACGUAACGGACCUGGGUAUCUACCUUCGAGCCGACAAGCCAACGAGCCAAGCUAGCCAGCGAGUGGCUCACUUCAUGAAAGCUCUUGCUCGCCACGGAAAGAAGUUGAACCGUCUUGUGGUGCUCCUCGGCUCUGACCGAUACUACGAGGCGGCCUGCCCCUGGGAUAUUCCUUUCUUUGAUCAUCCAGUGUCCCAGGCACUUGUUCAGCUCGUCAAGUCGCAGACAGUCAACCACUUAAAGAUCCGAGUCCACGACGGGGCCCUUCUCUACAACGGAUUUGGUUCGUAUCUCUGUCAGACGUUCCGGGAGAACGGAUCUAUCGCCGGGCGGUCCCUUGCGUUCACUUUCUCCUGCACCUGCCCGCCCCACUGUCCUCUGUAUCCGCAGAAUGACUGCUUCCUCUGUGGUUGGCCGCUGGAGUUCCCGGACCAGGCGCCCGUCGAGUUCCCCUCCAAUCCUGCAGGUGUGGAAGCUCUAGUCGAGCGAACCAUGGAGCUACAAGACGAUCUCUUCCAACUUGGUCUCCUCCCCCCGAAGGAUGACGACGACGAAGAGGCUGACGAGGAGGACGCCGGCCCCUACACGACGGGACAACCGGUUGAGGACACCUAUGAGGAUAAUAGGCUGGCAUUUCACUCAGGCCUG